UCCGCCCCGCAGAGAAUUUGCCUCCACCCCCACCCAGCCCCUUACGCCCAACUCGCGUUCUGCGCAGGCUCCUGGAAUUGUUUGUCGUCUCUAUGGCAACACGGUGGCUAGUGCCGGGAGAUGGAGGUCCUGGAGUCUACCCGGCGGCAAUCGCGGUCUCGAUCUUUAGCCGUACAGCCUGGCGCUGAAGGGCUCGGGUCCACUUCAGAACUGUUGCCUUCAGAUGGCAAUCCUAGGUCGGCCCUGGCAGCCACAACUGCUGCAGCUACCGCCGCAACCACCGCCAAAACUGCUGCGUUCUCCACGAAGACCCCACAGUGCCGCUCUGAGCCGAGCGUUCUCCGUCCUCCUGGGGAGCCCUGCACUGGAGCCAGCUUUACUCACAAGAUAGGCUGGAGGAGACUUGGCUUUGAGCCUGUCUGUGUUUCCCGUUUCAGCCAGGAUCCCUGUACUACAAAUGACCUUAGCUCUAGUCCCGUCCCUGUUCCUGGCUCCAGUGCUGGUCCUAGCCAUGGCUCUGGCCCUGGCUGUGACUCUGGUCAAGGCACUGGUCCUGAUUCUGGCCCUGGUUCUGCCACUGACACUGGGCCUAGUCCAGACUGUGGCCAUGACCCUGAGCUCAGCCCCUACAGUCUCCCAAGCUUCAGAAACCCUGGGGAAGAGCUGGUCCCUGACUAUACCUCCUGGAAUCACUACAGCCACCACUGGGAACCUCAGAAACAACCCUGGAAAUUUUUGCAAGUUUCAGGACCUGGUGCCCAAGGGCAACAGAAGACCCCCCAGGUUGAAGGGAAGUGUAAGGUUCUCAAUGAAACAUUGCCACGGGGCCACUGCCUUCUCUACAACUGGGAGGAGGAGAGAGCCACCAACCACCUGGAUCAAGUCCCAAGCAUGCAAGAUGGCUCUGAGAGUUUCUUCUUUCGACAUGGACACCAGGGACUGCUGACCAUGCAGCUACCGUCACCCAUGUCCUUCAGCACCACCCAGAAAGACUCCUACCAGCCCCCACGAAACUACUAUCCGCCAAUUCGAGGAAAGCGUGAAGCCAUGCUAGAGAUGCUCCUGCACCAUCAGAUCUGUAAAGAGGUGCAGGCAGAGCAGGAACCCACAGGGAAGCACCCUGAGGUCGAGUCUGUGACACACCACGACUACCGAAAGGAGCUGGUACAAGCCAGGCCUCCUGCCCCAACCAAGCCUCAUGACUACCGAUGGGAACAGCCUGAAACCUUCUGGAUACAGAGGGCACCACAGCUACCGGGUGUCAGCAACAUCAAGACCCUGGACACGCCAUUCCAGAAGAACUGCAGCUUCUCGACACCAGUACCUUUAUCGCUGGGGCAGCCUUUGCCCUAUGAACCUGAGAAUUAUUCCCACCAACUGGGAGAAAUAUCUUCCCGUGCCUGUCAGGGAGGAGGACAACGUGGUGAAAUGGGUAGAACUACUAUCUAAGGCUUGAGGAGGGAAGAGGGAUGUGGAAUAUAGAGUCUAUCUCCGUCUGUACUGGAGAGGUGGGAAAGAAGUAAAUUCUGUCUGUACUUGGUAAAGGGGCUUUCCAUAAAGGGUCCUCACUCAUCCUGA